GCUGGUCUCGAACUCCUGAGCUGAAACGAUCCACCUGCCUCAGGCUCCCAGAGUGCUAGGAUUACAGGAGUGAGCCAGCACAUCCAGCCAUAAAGUGUUUUCUUAACACUAAAAGGAAGAUGCUGUAUUCUUUGCUCCUUUGUGAAUGUCUGUUGCUGAUAGCUGGUUAUGCUCAUGAUGAUGAAUGGAUUGACCCCACAGACAUGCUUAACUAUGAUGCUGCUUCAGGAACAAUGAGAAAAUCUCAGGUGAAAUAUGGUAUUUCAGAGAAAAAGGAUGUGAGUCCUGACUUGUCAUAUGCUGAUGAAAUUUCAGAAUGUUAUCACAAACUUGAUUCUUUAACUCAUAAGAUUGAUGAGUGUGAAAAGAAAAAGAGAAAAGACUAUGAGAGUCAAAGCAAUCCUGUUUUUAGGAGAUACUUAAAUAAGAUUUUAAUUGAAGCUGGAAAGCUUGGACUUCCUGAUGCAAACAAAGACGCUAUGCAUUAUGAUGCUGAGAUUAUCCUUAAAAGACAAACCUUGUUAGAAAUACAGAAGUUUCUUAGUGGAGAAGACUGGAAACCAGGUGCCUUGGAUGAUGUACUGAGUGAUAUUUUAAUUAAUUUUAAGUUUCAUGAUUUUGAAACAUGGAAGUGGCGAUUUGAAGAUUCUUUUGGAGUGGAUCCAUAUAAUGUGUUAAUGGUACUUCUGUGUCUGCUCUGCAUCGUGGCAUUAGUAGCUACCGAGCUGUGGACAUAUGUACGUUGGUACACCCAGCUGAGACGUGUUUUAAUCAUCAGUUUUCUCUUCAGUUUGGGAUGGAAUUGGAUGUAUUUAUAUAAGCUAGCUUUUGCACAGCAUCAGGCUGAAGUUGCCAAGAUGGCGCCAUUAAACAAUGUGUGUGCUGAAAAGAUGGAUUGGACUGCAAGUCUUUGGGAGUGGUUUAGAAGUUCAUGGACCUAUAAGGAUGACCCAUGCCAAAAAUACUAUGAACUUUUAUUAGUCAACCCUAUUUGGUUGGUCCCACCAACAAAGGCACUGGCAGUUACAUUCACCAACUUUGUAACAGAGCCACUGAAGUACAUUGGAAAAGGAACUGGUGAAUUUAUUAAAGCACUCAUGAAGGAGAUUCCAGCGUUACUUCACAUUCCUGUGCUGAUAAUUAUAGCAUUAGCUGUCUUGAGUUUCUGCUAUGGUGCCGGAACAUCAGUUCAUGUGCUAAGACAUUUGAGUGGUCCUGAGAGAGAACCUCCCCGGGCACUCCAGCCAGAUGACAGAAGAAGGCAGAAGGAAAUUGAUUAUAGACCCCAUGGUGGAGCAGGUGAUGCAGAUUUCUAUUAUAGGGGCCACAUUUGCCCCAUUCAACAAGGCCCUUAUGACAAAACAUAUGAGGGUAGAAGAGAUGUUUUGAGAGAGAGAGAUGUUGACUUGAGAUUUCAGACUGGCAACAAGAGCCCUGAAGUGCUCCGGGCAUUUGAUAUACCAGACGCAGAGGCACGAGAGCAUCCUGAGGUGGUACCCAGUCAUAAAUCACCUAUUUUGGAUACAAAGCCCAAAGAGAUUGGUGAAAUCCCAGGAGAAAGCAUACCAACUGAAAGCAGCAAGUCUGCUAAGCCUGUCUCUGACCAGGAGGUAUCGGGGAAUAUGGAGGGUUCACCUGCAGUGGAAAAGGCCCAGCUCAAGACUGAAGCCAAAGGCAACUCAGGGGAAGGCGAUGCUCACAGCCCAGCAAGAACUGCUGCUGGAGCAUGUGGAAAGGACCCGGUUGGCAGCCCCUGUGGCUAGAGGAACACAGACACAAGUGACAGCUCUGAAGUCUUUGGAUUUUGUAAAAUAUCCAUUUGGGGAUGAAAUCUACUUUGACAGCUAGCAAGGCAACAUGCUACUGCUGUUGAAUGAUGACAGCAAUUCAGGGAAGACUUUAUUAAAGCAAAUCGAACUUAUCAAGGCCAGUUGAUUACCGGAAAAGUGAUAAGGCUUGUUUAUUGACUAGCCAAUAUUUGUCAUUAAAAUUAAGGCUUAUAGUGAGCAGCUUUUAGGAAAAUGAGAAAGCAGUUAAGACAGAGAUAGACAGCUGUUAAAAGCAGUUUUUAAAUGGAAUGGAUAAUGUUGAAUGUUUACAGGGUCUAAGAAACACUGUAUAUACAAAAUAAACUUAUUUUUACAUUAUUGUGAUUUGA